CACGUCUCUUCCACCAACCUCAACGAUCUCAACACCAGCACGAUGGCCCCCACAAAGCAAGCACCCACCCGUCAAGCCAUCACUCUCAAAGGCUCGACGAAUCUUGUCACUGAAUUCUUCAAAUAUGCCGCUAACACAGUCCUGUUCCAGAGAGGUGUCUAUCCUGCGGAUGACUUUCACAUGGUGAAGAAGUACGGGCAGACCGUGCUCGUCACGCAAGAUCUCGCACUAGAGAACUACCUUGACAGGAUUCUGAAGCAAGUGAACCAGUGGCUUCUCACGGGCGCGGUGACCCAGCUGGUGCUCGCGAUCAUCUCGAAGGACUCCAGGCUCCCGCUCGAACGCUGGGUGUUCGACAUCAAUCUCGUGGAACAGCCCGCGGCGGAGGGCUCACAGCCGGCACCUGCCAAGCCCGAGAGCGAGAUCCAGGCAGAAAUCCGGGCGAUCCUGAAGCAAAUAGUGUCGACGGUGACGUUCCUGCCGGUCAUCGACGAGCCGACGGUGUUCAACAUCCUGGCGUACACGUCGGAGUCGGUGGACAUUCCCGCGAACGAGUGGGUGGAUACAGACCCGCUCGCGAUCGAGGCGUCGAAGAGCCAGCAAGUCAAACUUCGGAGCUUUAGUACAGAUGUGCAUCGGAUCGAGGCCAUGGUUGCAUAUAGAUACGAGGGAUAGGUCCGAAAGAGGGGAUGGGGCGCCGCAGGAGGGGAUGCCGGAGCCCGGACGAGAGAGGGCGCUCUCUAUUUCUGUCUAUUCGGGAAUUCCAGCG